GGCUCUGCCAAAGGUGCAGAGGCCCCCCGAGGCCUGGGUGGCGCCGGCGCCGUAGAGGCCGCCCAGCCCCAGGGAGCCGCCAAAGGCCGGAGCUCCGGAGGAGCCCACCACGGCCUGCUGGGGGAAGGAGCUGAGGAUGGGGCCGGGGAAGGUGACCACCACGGGCGGUGGCUGGAUGAAGGCAGAGGAGUCGGGGCACUGGCGGGCGCACAGCUCGUUGCAGCUCUCAGCGAUGGGCUGGGGCACAGCCACGCUGGUCCUGGGGGGGCACAGCUCCGUGCUGGUCCUGGGGGGGCACAGCACUGCCCUGGCCACCUUCUCCUCGUCACGAACAAGGAGCACCCUCGGAUCCCACUGCACGAUGUCCUGCUACGACCUGUGCCCACCCAGGACCAGCACGGAGCUGUGUCCCCCCAGGACCAGCGUGGCUGUGCCCCAGCCCAUCGCUGAGAGCUGCAACGAGCUGUGCGCCCGCCAGUGCCCCGACUCCUCUGCCUUCAUCCAGCCACCGCCCGUGGUGGUCACCUUCCCCGGCCCCAUCCUCAGCUCCUUCCCCCAGCAGGCCGUGGUGGGCUCCUCCGGAGCUCCGGCCUUUGGCGGCUCCCUGGGGCUGGGCGGCCUCUACGGCGCCGGCGCCACCCAGGCCUCGGGGGGCCUCUGCACCUUUGGCAGAGCCUACGCUGCUCCCGCCUGCAGCCCUUGCGCCCUGCCCCGCUACAGCAAGAAGCUCUGGGACACCUGCGGGCCCUGCUAGAGCCACCAGCAGCAGCCCCAAAGGCCCUGGGGCCGCCUCAGCCCAGCGUGGAGAAGCUGAGCUCUGCACUAGCUGCCCUGGCCUCCUGCAGCCCGUAACACCCGGCCUGCCUGGGGCCUGCCCUCCCUCCCUCUCCCUGCCUCUCCUGCCCUUCUUGGUUCAAUAAAGUUUUCCUGCAUCCAA